CAAAAUCAGAGUAUUACUGUAUCGUUUCGGACAAUAUAUUUUGAUUAUACUAGCCAAGGAAGUAUUUGAAUAUUUCUCUAUGAUAUAUAACAAUUCAUAUACUCUAUUUUAACAUACAUUCAAGUAAAUGAUAUUCAUGUCCCAAGGCUUAUUUUCAACUUCAUGUUUACUUAAAAGAUUAUUUCUAUUGAUUUUAACAUCUACAUCACCAUCAUCAUCAGCAUCAUCAUCGUCAAUAUUACAUCCAAUGAAUAAUUGAAAUAUUCAUUGAAUUAUAUAUAAAUAAUGAAAUCAAUGAAUAUGAACUUACCUUCAAUCAGAAAAGAUAUUGCUAUACAAACAGAUUCAGCAUCUGAAUAUUCCAGUGAAACAGAUGGUUCUGACGAGUCCGAAACAAAUGAUUAUUCAGGUUUUAAUUCAAAUUCCAUAUCGAAAUUGUCAACAAAUUCUUCUUCUCAAGUUAUACAACAAUCUACUAUGAUCGAAUUAAAUGAUGGGAAUAAUAAUAGCAACAAUAAAAGAGUUAAUGCUUCAUCACAUAAUCUAUCCGGCUGUGAAGUGAAUGUCCCGUCGUUUUCAGUCGAGACAACUGAACAAUUAAUACAACAAUCACAAGUACACAAAUCGAAUAUGAUUGUAAAAUCUAAUUCUCAACAAGUCUAUUUCAAUUCAUCAGUCGAUACUCACAGUAUUAACAAUCAUCAUACUAGUAAUAAUAUUAACAGUAAUGUCACCAUUAAUCAUGGUAAUUUAACAGAUUGUGAUAAACGUAAUAGUUCAGCUAGUCUUGACAGUGGACGAGACUCGACUUAUGCUACAGGGAGUGAAGGCAGUAGUGGGUAUGAAGUUCAUUUACAUGAGAUGGUCUACUAUCAAUUGGAAAUAAUUGAAAAAAGAUUAAGUGGAUGUUUAUCAAAAUCCGGUUUCGAUCUAUGGACAUUAUGUCAUACAACACCAGAAGAAUUAAAUGCUUGUGGAAUUACUAAUCCAUAUGAUCGACAGAUUUUAAGAAGUCAACUUGCUACUUUACAAUUAUCUGAUCCAUUUACAGAAAAACAGUUACCGGAUAAUGUCUAUGAAUGGUUAGUACAAUUACAUUUAGAACAAUAUUGGUUGAAAUUUAAUGAACAAGGUCUAUUGACAUUUGAACAAAUUAUUCGUAUUACAUGGGAUGAUUUAGAAGAGAUCGGGAUUUCAAAAUUAGGUCAUCAAAAGAAACUUCUUAUUGCUAUCAAUAAAUUAAAUCGUCUAUUACAUCAUGAUCAACGUCUGGUUUGUUCGCCUAAAAUUCAUUUUACCACCACCCCAACAAAUUACAACAUGAAUUCAUCGAUCAAUAAUCAAUCGAUCGAUUCAACGAAAAAAGAGACUGGUUUCGUACAAUCAACAUCUGAUUCAUCAUUUCUUCAAAGUAGUACUCAUCAUAAUCACAAUCGGUCAUCAUCAUCAACAUCAUCAUUCCAACAUCAACAUGAUAAUGAUAGUAUGAUUAAUAGAACAAAUUCAAAAGUUUCGGAAAUCGGUAUACAAGUUGGUGAAGAAGAAGAAGAUUUAACCAAAUCACAUAAUUCCCAUUUAUCUCAAUGGUCUUCCAAUUCAUCAUCAACAAGUAAUUCACCAUAUUCUCUUCCUCCACCAAUUGAUUUUCAAGAUUCUCCACCGAAAUCCCUAUCAUCAUCAAUUUAUGAUACAGAUAAAUUAAAUUCAAAUUUACAACAAUCACAUACUUCAUGUAUUAUAAAUGAACAAUUCAAGUCUAAUCUUUUGUCUUGUACUACUAUAACAACAACAACUACUACUGAUAUAGCUACUAGUAGUGUUGUUCAUCAAUCUUCUUCACAUUCAUUAGGUCAUAUUCAUAGUCCUUUGAAUACAAAACUAACAUCCAAUGAAUGUUUUAAUAAUUCUGAAUGUCAAAUAGGCAAACAAUGUGAACCAUUGAAUUUAUUUCAACGACGUUCUUCUAAUCCAACAUUAUAUUCAUUAAAACCUAAUGAUCCUAUAGAAAAUAUUGGAGAUUUAUCAAAAUGGUCAUCAGGCUUUUUGACAACUCCACAAUUACGGCUUCCAGUCAAAGUUAACUCCACUUCCGAUCCAGAUUUAGAAGCAAUGCACAAUAUACAAGUGAUGCUUGAUCAAAUCAGUGAACGUCUUAUUUUAAGUAAUCAAUAAAUAGUUGAAAUUUUAAAAUAUUUCUAUUUUAAAAAGAAGACAGACAAACAAACGGAAUAGACAUUUAUUGUGAAUUUAAAUAGGAAAUUAGGUUGAGAACUGUUUGUUUGUUUAUUUAAACAAAUAAAUAUAAAUGCGUUCAAUUGAUUUAUGAACAUUGAAUCAGUUUGUUUUAAUUCUUCUAAAGAAACAAAUACAAUGUUAUCUAUCAUCAAAUGUACAUUUUACUUACACAUAUGAUACUUUCUUGCUUCCUUCACACGAUUUGUUUAUCGUGCCUUAUUAUUAUUAUAACAAAAAAAAAUAUUCUAGAUUCAAUAUUCUAUCAUUCACUUUAUUCAUUGAAAUACUUUCUUUUUUUUAGAGAGAGAAUGAAUCUAGCUAUGCGUUCUAAUUUCAACAAUCCCAUCAUCCCCUUAACCCAAAGUGUUUUUUUCUCCUUUCUCCUUGUCUCUCUUUUCUGAUUACUGCUUCACUUCAAUCUACUGUGACAUGCUCUUUGUGUGUGUGUGUGU